AUGAGGCUGUACAUCACGGCGGCGGCCGGCGACGACGACGCGACGAAGCCGAAGGCGCCGCAGCUGCAGGCGGCGCGGCGAGGCUACCGUUCCGUUGUGGUCACGGGGCUCCUGGCCGGCGUGCUCCUCUUCCGCGCCGCGCUCCUCGCCAUCGAGACCGGCGCCUCCCUCUGCCCUUCCGCCACCGGUUGCUCGGACUGGAGGGCGGGGCUCGGGCGCUGGCUCUACGGCGGCGGCGGCGACGCGACGGAGGAAUUUAUGAGAGAGUGGAAGAGAAGCCACAGGGUGGCUACCCUGCUGGACCCCGUGGUGGUGGAAGCGGCACCGGAUUCCUUGGACGGUCUCAUGGCGGAGAUGGACACCAUUCUGGCCUCCUAUGAUCGGCUUGACAUGGAAGACGUGGUCGUGAAGAUAAUGGCCAUGCUGCUAAAGAUGGACCGGAAGCUCAAGUCGUCAAGAAUCCAGACUCUGUUCAACCGGCACCUGGCCUCGCUCGGCAUCCCCAAGAGCAUGCACUGCCUGGCGCUGCGGCUGGCCGAGGAGUUCGCGAAGAGCUACGUCCCGAUGCACUCGUGGUUCGCGCUGCACCCGGUUGCUCCGGCGGUCGUCGAGGUCAAGGGCCUCCACCAGUUCGACUGGCGCGACGGCGAUGCCAUCGCCUCUGUCAUGAGGACCAUCGACGAGGUCCAGAAGAGCUCGCUGGAUUAUCACCAGCUGUGCGAUGGAUCGGUGGAGAGGGAGUACAGGAGGCUUGAGGCCACCAAGCCGAGCACGUUUUCGAUCCUCAACUAUCUCAAAAUCCAUCUCCCAGAGUUCUUCCCGGAGCUCCCGAGGGUGAUACUGCUCGACGACGACGUCGUGGUGCGCAAGGAUCUGGCCGGGCUGUGGGAGCAGGACCUGGACGGGAACAUCAUGGGCGCGGUCGGCGCGCACCGGCCCGGCGCGGACGGUGGCAUAUGCAUCGAGAGGACUCUCAGCGAGCACCUCAACUUCACUGACCCUGCAGUGUCGUCGCUAGGCCUCGACGGUUCGCACUGCGCGUGGUCCUGGGGCGCCACCAUCGUCGACCUCGACGCUUGGCGAGGAGCGAACGUUACCGAGACGUAUCAGCUAUGGCUGCAAAAGGCAAGCCCUCCUUACCCUAACCGCGAAUCAGGGUUCAGGCUGUGGAAGAUGGGGUCGCUGCCGCCGGCCCUGAUAGCGUUGGACGGUCGGGUGCAGGCGAUCGAGCCGCUGUGGCACCUGCCGGACCUCGGCCGGCGCAUGCCCGACGCCGAGCUGCUGCAGCUCUCCGCCGUCCUGCAUUUCAGCGGGCCGCGGAAGCCGUGGCUGGAGGUGGCGUUCCCGGAGCUGCGGGAGCUGUGGCUCGGGCACUUGAAUAACUCGGACAGCUUCCUACGAGGCUGUGGCGUAGUGGAAUGA